UCGUGCUUGACGUCGAUGACCUAUAGCUCCGGCCUCCGGGCCAGAUAUAGCAAGGCUUCGCACUAUCUUGGAGGCGCAUCGCUCGCUUUGCUGCUUCCAGGCAUAUAUCUUCGUUCAUUCCGAAAUGCACUUCCGCGAAAAGAGACGCUUAUCCGCUGGAGAGAAGCGUGGUCUCGUGGUUGAAAGUUCACACGCACGCUGGAAGCCAGUCUUAUGCGACGAGACAUUCAGAACCACCUGACACUAUGAAAGCCCACUCACAAUUCAGUGUCGCCGACUUUAGCAUCAGAAAGCCGCAUUGGUCAGUCGCAUCGCCCACCUGAUCAAAACAAGCAUGAUGGACGAGGAGCAGCGCAUCAAUCUAUUGCCGUUACUUUGGCGAGUGUAAUGACUAUACGCCUCACCGCCACUGCUGUGACGCAGGAUUCUGGUCAUAUAAAAGGACGAGUCUUGAGUCCUCGCGAUCCCCCAGUGACUGGUCUAUGCAGAUUGAUACAGUGGAAACAUGGAUGAUAUGGAUCUCCUCCAACACAACGGCGCUCGCCCUUGUCGCUUUCAUCAUCCUGUGCGGUCUCCUAGCUUUUGGUGUCCUAGCUCAACAAGUGAUCGUUGGCGCAUCCCGGAUCGGUGUCCUCCUAGCCAUGGAUCACUACAAAAGUCUCUCCGCCCACACGAUCAUCGUCCGGGUCGAGUACACGAAUUGUCUCGACGCAACGGGCAGUCCAAGCCUGGGGAGAUUGACAUUGAUGAUAUCGGUUUGAUCCGGGAGGGCCGUUACGUCGUUGUAAACAGCAGCGAGACCAAUACUCGGGGUGGAGUUGGGAACAGUUCAGCCUGUUUUCGUGGGGGGUGAAAAGGAUGAUCCAGUCAUUGGAGCCCGGACGUUGACACGAGUGCUAAGCAAUAAGCGGAAGUGUGGGUUGCGUGAGGACACGCUUAUGAGUUGAUUCCACAAAGAUAGCACAUAUAUGGCGGAGAAAGCGUCCUUAACGGUCGACAGCUAGGAGCCAGU